GGGGCAGCGGAAGGUGAAAACUGCAUCAUUUCGAGCAUUGCAUGGCAGAAGAUGAGUUUCUCUGGUGAUGAUGACAAAGCUUUAAUGAGAUUUACGGAUGUUUGUUUUAUGUUUAGGCUAUUUAUUUUUGACAUGAGAUUUGAAGCAGCGGUGUGAUUCCUUUGAGGGGAGGCGGUGGGGGUUUGUUGUCUACCUCAGCUGUUUCUCCCUCCGCCGGGGCUCUCUGCUCAUCCGACGCAGGGAGGAGAGGGCCAAAAGAGGGGGAGAGGAGCGAUGGCUGCCGGUGGAGCAGGAUGCGGGGACACAGUGGAGCAAUGCCGGGCCGAGGUGGAACGCCUGACCCGGGAGCUGGCGGAGGCCAACCGCGAGAAAAUCCGGGCGGCGGAGUGUGGGCUGGUUGUUCUGGAGGAGAACCAGAGUCUAAAGCAGCAGUACGCCGACCUGGAGGCCGAGCAGGAGACGCUGAGGCUGGAGCUGGAGCAGCUGCAGGAGGUGGGCUCAGCAGGGGCAUUUGGCCACGCCUACUCCACCCAGCGUAAGGUGGCAGAAGAUGGGGAGACCAACGAGGAGACUCUGCUGCAGGAGUCUGCCAGCAAGGAGGCCUACUACAUGGGCCGCCUCCUGGAGCUCCAGUCAGCACUCAAGCACAGCCGGGCCACCGCCUCCAACGCUCAGGCCGACAACGAACACCUGAGCACACUGCUGCUGGAGCUGAGGGAGCAGAGUAAUGAGAUGUUGGAGCUGCAGCGCAGCCGGAUGCGAGAGGAGAUCAGGGAGUACAAGUUUCGAGAGUCAAGGCUGCUCCAGGACUACACUGAGCUGGAGGAGGAGAACAUCACUCUGCAGAAACUGGUGUCAACACUCAAACAGAAUCAGGUGGAGUAUGAAGGCCUAAAGCAUGAGAUCAAGGUCCUGGAGGAGGAGACAGAGCUCCUCAACAGCCAGUUACAGGACGCGCUGCGUUUGAAGGACAUCUCAGACGCCCAGCUGGAGGAGUCGCUGGAGUCUCUGAAGAGCGAACGUGAGCAGAAGAACCACCUGCGCAAGGAGCUGGUCCACCACCUCAGCAUGUGUGAUGUGGCCUACACCGGCAGUGCCCACCUGACAUUCACCUCUGCCCCACCCAGUGGCACCGCCACCCCAACAACUCUGCUCUCCCCAAACGCAGAAGAGCCAACAAGGUGUAAUGGCCACCUCCAGGGUGCAGGGACAGGUGCAGGGUUGGUGCCCAGAGCUAAUGGAGAGUGCCGAGGCCCGGGUCGGAAAGCUGAGGGUGCGGUGACAUCAGACCUCUUCAACGAGAUGAACCUGACAGAGAUCCAGAAGCUCAAGCAGCAGCUGAUGACGGUUGAAUGUGAGAAAGUAUCACUGAUGACCCGUCUGCAAGAGUCUGAGAGUCAGCUUCAACACACCCAGGGGGCACUGAACGAGCAGCAUGAGAAGGCCUUCCGCCUUAGUCAGAAAGUCACUGUCCUCCACCGCCUGCAUCGAAAGGCCGACCUUAACCAGGAAGCCCAUACUAGUGCCACAUAUGAGCUUGACCCUGAGGCCCUGAUGGAGCUGGACAGAGAUGAGGAGGAGACUGAAGAGGAAGGAGUAUCUGAGGAGGAUAGGAGUUUGACACUGAACAAAAGUCAGGUAUUUUCAUAUCAGACGCCAGGUCUGGAGAUCCUGCAGUGCAAGUACCGUGUGGCUGUGACAGAGGUGGUGGAGCUCAAGGCAGAGGUGAAAGCUCUCCGUGACAGAUUGGCUCAGUGUGUAGAGGGAGCAGCGGAGGAGAAGCCAAGGCGAAGCAUUCAGCUCCAGAAGCUGGAGAGGCAGGUCGCCUCAUUAGAGAAAAGCUGCCGGGAGCGACGUGAGAAGAUUUCUAGCCUAGAGUUGGAGUUGCAGACAGCUCAGUCAGCAGCCUAUGAGAGUCAGGGUGCGUUGAACGCAGCCCAGGAUGAGUUGGUGAUGCUGAGCGAGGAGCUUGCCCAGCUCUACCACCACGUCUGUCUGUGCAACAAUGAGACGCCCAACCGCGUCAUGCUGGACUACUACAGACAAGGCAGAGGGCUCCGGAGCCUCAGUGCCAGUCUUAAAGCCAUGUCUUCAGACAACAGCAAAGUUCUCCUCACACCACGCCUGGCCAGGCGGCUGGCCGCUGUCGCUUCGACAAACUUGACUCCUGGGGAGUCGCGGAGCCCAUCGCAGUCUCCAUCCAAGCAGCCUUUGUCUGGGGAGGGGGGGAGAGAGGAGAAGGAGGGGGAAAAGGAGGGCCUCCAGGUGCCAUCUGAGCAGAGCCUGCCGCCUUGCACACCUCCGACCCGCUCACCUAGCAUCAGUGCCUCUUCAUCAUCGUCCUCAUCUUCAUCGCCUGCCCUGGAGCCAGCUGGUGAGCUGCGCAGGGAGCCCAUGAAUAUCUACAACCUCAACGCCAUCAUCAGAGAGCAGGUAAAGCACCUUCAGCGGGCAGUAGACAAGUCUCUGCAGCUGUCCAGACAGAGAGCUGCAGCCAGGGAACUGGCCCCUCUGCUGGACAAGGACAAGGAGAGCUGCUUGGAGGAGAUCCUGAAGCUCAAGUCACUGCUAAGCACCAAGAGAGAGCAGAUAGCCACACUCAGACUGGUACUCAGGGCUAACAAACAGACGGCGGAAGGGGCUCUGACCAACCUGAAGAGUAAGUAUGAGGCGGAGAAGUCCAUGGUGACUGACACCAUGAUGAGGCUGAGGAACGAGCUGAAGGCCCUGAAGGAGGAUGCCGCCACUUUCUCAUCUCUGCGGGCCAUGUUUGCCACCAGGUGUGACGAGUAUGUUACUCAGCUGGAUGACAUGCAGAGGCAGCUGGCUGCGGCCGAAGAUGAGAAGAAGACUUUGAACUCCCUCCUGCGGAUGGCCAUCCAGCAGAAACUGGCCCUCACCCAGCGCCUGGAGGAUUUGGCUUUCGAUCAAGAGCAGACCCACCGCACCCGGGGGGGCAGGCUGCACCGCAUAAAGACGAGCACCCCCAAAAUCGUCAGUAGCCUUCUGCCACAGUGCCGUUCCUCGUACCCUCCCCACAGCUGAGGGUUUGAGCAUCCUCAGCUCCUUUUACAGUAGUGCGUCGACCCUCUUGCAUCACUGACCCUCGGUCCGCCCACCAUGAGUGCCUACUGUCAGGCUUCCUUAGUUGCCUCUGGGUGCUCCCUCUCUGUGGAACACAACACCUGAUCCCUGACUUGUGACACUGUUUACCCAGAAGACUCGCCCAACAUUCUGUCCAGAGGACCUUGCUCAUCUAAAAACCAUCCCACAAUGCCUUUAUAGGGAGUGCCUGGCUCCCACUUACAUUGCUUUGGAAAAGCAGAAAUGAUGCUUGCCACUGCCAGUAGGACCACAUGAACCUACUGACUCAGCCAUUGCUACAACUGCAGUACAUUUCUUAUCCUCGUAUUCAUCCAUUUUGUUUGGGUGUUUUGAAUAAUCAAAAUUAAAUUAAUCAAAUCCUCUUUAUUUUGUCACCCACAUUGGUUAUUGUGUGUGUCAGCAUACAAAUAUAUGUGUAUCACACAGUAUGGCACUAUACAAGUAUGUUAACCCUUGUGCGCAUUUCAUAAAGCAUGUGCAGCUAAAGUUCUCCCUGCUUCAGAAAUUAAAGCACUACUCCCUUUCACAUGUAUUAUUCCUACACAUAAGUAUUGCUUCUUCAUUAAAGAUAAGAAUAAGAUAAGCACAAACUAAAGCAAUGCAUCCCUAAAACGUGUUGUGUGUGACUAUUAUCAAUCCACACAUGCUGAUUCACUUGCUGCACUCACUCAACUGCCAGAAGAAACUGGAGCUAACAGGAACCAACUGGAUAUGAGCUGGAGUCUGGGGAGAAAAAUAAUGUGUAUAAUUCGAAAACCUAGCGAUUACAUCAUUCAACUUUUCUUGACUUUAGGUUCUGAGAAAAUGUUUGAAGGGUGGGAUUUUUAAGUUCUGAUCAGAUGAUGAUGAGUGGACAUAAUGCAGUGGUUUGUGACUUUACCACACUGUACAAUACGGAACUACAAAAGAGUCCAAUCCUGCAUUUGGUCCCAUUCCACUUUGUCUCUGAGGGUACAGGUGGAUGUUUUUAAAGCUUGAAUUUUGCAACACUUAAGAAGAGUGACGUUACAUUCAUUUUUAUUCCAUGAUUUCAUAAGACUGUGCUGUACUGUCAGGAUGUCACUGUUAUUUACUUGAUACAAAAUGUAUCUGUGAAGAAGACAUUUAUCAGCAUUAAUAAGCAAUAUUGUUGUAAAAAUGUUUAUUUCAGAUGUUUCCCCCUAAAAGCCUCCCUAUCAAAUCAGAAAAUAAACUACUCAUACCCUG